UAUCAGAAAUGUCUUGGUCAGGUUAAUUCCUCAUCAAGAUGCAUCAGGUAAUGGGCACCUACAGUUUGGAUUGUUUCAUAGGCUCCAUCUGACCAUCAGAAAAUUGGCAAACCCUUGUUUAGGACAGAUUGAGAAUGGCUUAAGAUGAGGGUGUAAUCUGGGCACCCACAGCCAUGUGUUUGGGCGGAGGUUUUUGAUACCCUUUCAAAUGUUUGUGCCACUGAUACUGAUCCUCUGGCCUCAUUCAGGGUAUUCCACGAGGAGUUAAAGAUCACCACUAACCUAGCCACCAAGCUGAAGACCUGCUUGCUUGAUAUCAAAGAUGUAUGGAAAUGAAAAGGCAAAAGAUGCCUGUGCAAUGAGUUGUACUGAACCUUGCUUGCCGUUUUGGGUGGCAGCUGUGGUUUUCCCACUGAUACUUGCCUUCCUUUCCACUGGACAGAGUUACACGGAGGUGACAGAACAAACCAGUAAUUCAUGUUUUGAAAAGUGUCCAGCUGGAUAUCAUAAGAUUGGUAGCUGUGGGAAUAUAACUGGACAGUACAGCUGUCAAAAAUGUGGAAACAACGAAUACACAGAAAUACCAAACUUAAUACCAAAAUGCCAGAGGUGUUCCUCGUGUGAUCAUAAUGAGAAGGAAAUAAAGUCCUGCUCCUUUAAUAGUAAUGUGGUAUGUGACUGUAAGGAUGGAUACUACAACGCAAACCCCCAAAUAAGGAAUUGCCAAGCAUGCAGCUCUGCAAGAUGUGGAGUGUCUGAUGUUAAUGAGGACUACAAAAGGAAGUGCAAUCCCUGCCAAAGGAAGGAGUGUUUGACAAACCCAGAAUGUGAGAGGAAAUCUACCGCAAUUACAAUUCCUCCUUCUACAAAUCCACCUACGACUACAACCACGUCUUCAGCUACAUCUCCAAGAACCACAGCUUCAAACCCAACAUUGAAUUUGAACGAAAUGACCUGGCUGUUAGUCGUGGCGGUUAUGGGGACAGGUGUGGUGCUUCUUUGGCUCCUGCUCAUUAGGAACCAGCUCAGAUACCCAUACAGUUUUCCUUGCUGGAGUGUAAAUAAAGACCUGGAGCUGUCUGUCGAGGACCCCAAAUUUAACGAACAACGCAGUCAUCAAGUCAGCACCCCGACCACACUGACAUUUAAAGUAUCUGAGGAAACUCCCAUGAUGAAUCUCAGCUCCACCACACCAGAACAUGCAGCCCACUGCAGUCCUGUGCUGCCAGACACUGAACACAAAGCUGACAGACGAGAUGAGCAAUUGGAGCACUGGCCGGCCAUCGUCCUCUACACAAUUAUCAAGGAGGUGCCCUUGCGUAGGUGGAAGGAGUUCUUGCGUCUGCUCUCGGUGGCUGAUCAGCAGCUGGAGCGGGUGGAGCUGGAGGCCGGUUUGGGUCUGGGCUCCAUGGAGAGGCAGUACCAGAUGCUGAGACUGUGGAGCCAGCGCUCCUCUGCGAGCCUGAAUGAUGUCUUCUCUGCCUUGCACUACAUGGAUUUAUCCGGCUGUGCCCAGCUGCUGCAGGAAAGCCUGGAGAAGCUGCAGUGUGGAGGCCUGAACUGA